GCCCAUUAACUAAGACAAGCCCAUAAAAAACAUCAAAAAGUUUUUUUUUUUUUUUCCCUGAUGCAAAAAAAAACAAAUUCGCAGAGGAGAUCUCGCUAGCAGCGGCGUCUUCGAAUUUUUCGUGGUUGCGUUUGACGUUGCCACGAAGAAGACGAAGAUGGAUUACCAGAACAAGCAUGUCCUUGCUCCCAUGGUUCGUGUGGGAACGCUCUCUUUCAGGAUGUUGGCGGCCGAAUACGGCGCCGAUAUCACAUACAGUGAAGAGAUUAUCGAUCAUAAGCUUGUUAAAUGCGAACGUCGAAUUAACGUUGCUUAUGGGACAACUGAGUUUGUGGAGAAAGGAACAGACAAUGUCGUCUUUAGCACAUGUAAAGAAGAGAGAAAUAGAGUUGUUUUUCAAAUGGGAACUUCUGAUGCUGUUAGGGCUCUAAAAGCUGCUGAGAUUGUGUGCAACGACGUUGCAACUGUUGAUAUUAAUAUGGGUUGCCCCAAGGCGUUCUCUAUCCAAGGAGGAAUGGGUGCUGCUUUGUUAAGUAAACCCGAGCUAAUUCAUGAUAUUUUGGCAACACUUAAGAGGAACUUAGACGUACCGGUUACUUGCAAGAUUCGUUUAUUAAAAUCACCAGCAGAUACUGUUGAAUUGGCUAGGAGAAUCGAGAAACUUGGUGUACCAGCUCUUGCUGUACAUGGGAGAAAAAUUGCAGAUAGGCCAAGAGAUCCUGCUAAAUGGGAUGAAAUUGCAGAUGUGGUGGCAGCAUUAUCCAUUCCCGUUAUUGCAAAUGGCGAUGUUUUAGAAUACGAUGAUUUCUCUCGCAUUAAAACUGCAACAGGCGCUGCAUCAGUGAUGGUUGCAAGAGGCGCUAUGUGGAAUGCUUCAAUUUUCUCUCCAAAAGGAAAAUCACACUGGGAAGAUGUGAAAAAGAAAUACCUUAGAAAGAGCAUCUUGUGGAAUAACGAUGUUAAGAGCACGAAAUACACGAUAAAGGAGAUGAUAGCGCAUCAUUCUUGUCUUGAACUACCGGAAGGGAAGUCUAUCAACAAAGCAGACACUUUAGAAGAUUUAGCGCGGCUUUACGAUUUAGAAGAUUACUUUUGGACUGUGAAGAACAUUGGUCCACUGACACAUGACUUAAAUCAUGUUUUAUGAUACUGAAAAGAAAAUGCCAACACUUCGCAUUUUCUUUUAUAUCUUUUUGUAAUCUCUUUUGAAAUUUAUAUAUAGAGGAAUCCAAUAUACUGGCCGAUUGGUAAACAAACUGUAGAAUUUUUUUAUUUUAGUAUAGAAAUCAAAUUACACAA